GCCCCCCGAAGUAAAGCGCCCCUGCGCCCUGCGCAUGUGUGUGUGUUUUUGUGUGAACCAAAACAUUUGUCUCUUGCCAGCUGGUCCUGACUUUUGUGGACUUGACGAUAUUUUUAAUUUUCUCAAGACGGCUGCCCACAGGUUCCUCCGGCCCUUAUUAUCACUCCGACGUAGUUUGUCUUCAGUCGGAAUCAUGGCAUCAAAACCAGCUAAAGUGGAAUCGAAUAGUUCGAGUGACGAUGAAGCAACCAGUGGUCCUUCAAGGGUCUCAGAUGCGAAGGAUGACUCAACGAUUGAGAUGAUCAGGCGCUACAUGGCAGACAAGCUAGGAUUCCUUGAUAGUGAAGAAAAAUCUCAUCAAAAGGUACUUGAAGAACUCACCUUGGAUGGUGUUGUCAAGCAUAUUAAAGAUGGAAAAGUCAAGAGAAUAAUCACCAUGGCUGGAGCUGGAAUAUCAACAUCUGCUGGAAUUCCAGACUUUCGGUCUCCUGAAUCGGGGUUGUACAAUAAUUUGGAAAAAUACAACCUGCCACAUCCUCAAGCCGUAUUUGAAAUUGAUUUCUUUCAAGAAAAUCCCAAGCCAUUCUUUCUCCUUGCAAAAGAAUUGUAUCCAGGUUCAUUCAAGCCAACAAUUUGCCAUUACUUCAUCAAACUCCUUAAUGAAAAGGGCAUGUUACUUCGCCACUACACCCAGAAUAUUGAUACAUUAGAACGAGUUGCUGGAGUGCCAGGAGAAGUCCUUAUUGAAGCCCAUGGGACAUUUUAUACAUCUCAUUGCCUUGAGUGUAGAGCUGAGUACGAACUGGAGUGGAUGAAAGAAAGAAUUUUCUCAGACCAGAUACCUAUUUGUGAAAAGUGUCCUGGUGUUGUGAAACCAGAUAUAGUGUUCUUUGGAGAAAAUUUACCAGAUAGAUUCUAUUCCUCCAUAAGUAAGGAUUUUGAUGAAGCAGAUUUGCUCAUUGUCAUGGGUUCAUCUCUGGUUGUUCAGCCCUUUGCGUCAUUAGUAAACAAAGUGAAACAUGAUUGCCCCCGGCUGUUAAUUAAUCGUGAGAAAGCUGGUGAGGGGGAUAGACUCAUGGCCUUGCUCGGAAUGGGUGGUGGUAUGGAUUUCAGUGACAAGAGCACCCGUGAUGUUGCCUGGCUUGGAGAUUGUGAUGAUGGAUGUCAACUUCUUGCCGACAAGCUGGGAUGGGGAGACGAGUUGAGAAAACUAGUGAAAGAAGAACACGAAAGAAUUGACAAAGAAAAGGAGUCAGAAACCAAAGCUGAGGGAAAAGGAGCAAAGCCCUAAAAUUAACAUUAAAAUAUUCGUUUCAUCUUUUUUAAAUAGUUGCUCUUUUAGGGAACUAUGUACCUUUAGAUGUAAAAGUUAAAUCAUGUUUUGCCUUAAUACAGUAAUCGGCACUGUAAGUACUGUACAAAAUUAAAGUUUCUUUUUAGCUUCAGUAUUUUUGGUUAACUGUGUGUAUACUUCCAGGGGGAUACAAAAUACAAGAAACAUACAACUAAA